AUGACAGAAGAUAACCAUGCAAUUGGGAUCGAUCUGGGGACAACUUAUUCGUGCGUGGCAGCGUGGCAGGCUGAUCAUGUAGAAAUCCUGGUGAACGAUCAUGGUAACAGAACAACUCGAUCUUAUGUUACAUUCACUGAUAGUAAGAGGUUGGUAGGAGAUGACGCAUUUAACCAAGUGGGGAGGUUCCCAGCCAACUCAAUCUUCGAUGCAAAGAGGUUAAUUGGUAGGAGAUUUAAUGAAGAAACUGUUCAAAAUGAUAUCAAGUGCUGGCCAUUCAAGGUCAUUGAAGGUCCUGCUGACAAGCCCUUGAUUGUGGUUAACCACAAGGGUGAAGAGAAAAAAUUUGCUGCUGAAGACAUCUCUUCCAUGGUUUUGGCAAAGAUGCGGGAGAUUGCCGAGUCCUACCUUUGCUCAAAGAUUUCAGCAAAAAAUGCAGUUAUCACUGUCCCCUCUUACUUCAACGACUCACAGCGCCAGGCUACAAUAGAGGCUGGCAAACUAGCGGGCUUAAAUGUGCUGCGUAUUAUCAACGAACCAACUGCUGCAGCCAUCGCUUAUGGAAUCGACAAGAAGGCCGGUUGGUUUAAAAAGAGAAAUGUGAUGAUAUUUGAUUGGGGUGGUGGUACGUUGGAUGUGUCACUACUUAGCAUAGGCCAUGGUGUCUUUGACGUGAAGGCCACUGCCGGAGAUACUCACCUUGGCGGUGAAGACUUGGAUAACAGAAUGGUGAACUACUGCGUGGAAGAAUUCAAGACAAAACAGAACGUGGACAUUGGUGGAAACGCCAAAGCUCUUAGGAAGGCCAAAACUGCGUGUGAGAAAGCAAAGAAGGCACUUUCGUUUUCCUUUGACACUGAUAUUGAAAUUGACUCUUGGUAUAAGGGUGAAGAUUUUCAUACAACUUUUACCCGCGACAAAUUCGAAGAACUGAACAUGGACAUCUUCAACAAGUGCAUGGAGCCUGUGAACAAGUGUUUGGAGGAUGCCAAAAUGGACAUAAGCGAGGUCGAUGACGUUGUUCUUGUUGGUGGGUCUUCUAGAAUCCCCAAGGUUCAAGAGCUAUUGCAGGAGGUUUUCAAGGGUAAGGAGUUGUGCAAGAGCAUUAAUCCUGAUGAGGCCGUGGCUUAUGGAGCCGCUGUUCAAGCUGCAGCCUUGAGUGGGAACGUAACUGGGAAGCUUCAAGACUUCACUCUCUUAGAUGUCACCCCUCUAUCACUUGGGAUUGAGUCUGGGAGAUGGUAG